GGGCGGGGACCUGGGGAGUCUGCGGGUCGCGACAGCCGGGGGAACCAGUUGGCGCCGCCGCCACGGACACCAACGCCACCACCUUCUCUGUGUCCAUGAUGGAGUCGGUGUUGGAAGAGGACGUCACCCUCCCCGGGACGCUCGGCGGCUGCAGUGGCCUUGUUCCCAGUUUACCAGACGACGUGGAUGGCAUCAGCCCCAUUGCUGGUUUGGGGAAUGGUGUGCUUCCAAAUGUGUCCGAAGAAACAGUGUCUCCCACCAGAGCACGGAACAUGAAGGACUUUGAAAAUCAAAUCACUGAAUUGAAGAAAGAAAACUUUAAUUUAAAGCUCCGCAUCUAUUUCCUGGAGGAAAGAAUGCAACAGGAACUUGAUGGCCCCACCGAACACGUCUAUAAAACUAACAUCGAACUGAAGGUGGAAGUGGAGAGUCUGAAGCGGGAGCUCCAGGAGAGGGAGCAGCUUCUCAUCAAAGCCUCUAAAGCAGUUGAGAGCCUGGCUGAAGGGGGUGGCUCCGAAGUGCAGCGGGUGACAGAAGAUGCCCAGAAGAAGGUGCGGCAGGUCGAAGAGCUCCUGAACAAGAGAAUAUUCCAUUUAGAAGAGGAUGUGAAAGCCGCCCAGGCAGAACUGGAAAAGGCCUUUGCGGGGACAGAGACAGAGAAGGCUCUUCGGUUGAGCCUGGAAAACAAGCUCUCGGAGAUGAAGAAGAGGCAUGAGGGGGCCUUGGACAUGACUGUGGUCCUGGAGCAGAAAGACAGACUGAUUGAGGAGUUGAAGCUGUCUUUGAAGAGCAAAGAAGCUUUAAUUCAGUGCCUUAAAGAGGAGAAAUCUCAGAUGGCAUGUCCUGAUGAGAGCAUGUCAUCUGGAGAGCUCCGAGGACUUUCUGCCGCUCCAAGGGGAGAAAAGGAGAGAGACGCUGAGGCUGUACAAAUGGAGCUCCAGAAGGAGAGACAGCGCUUUGAAGAGAGGAUCCAGGCACUUCAGGAGGACCUGCGAGAGAAAGAAAGAGAGAUUGCUACAGAAAAGAAAAAUAGUUUAAAGAGGGACAAAGCCAUUCAGGGUCUAACCAUGGCAUUAAAGUCAAAGGAAAAAGAGGUGGGAGACCUUAACGCUGAAAUCCAAGAGCUCAGUGCUGCCUUUGCCGAAGCCACAAAGGUGCCCCAGAAAGCAGAGACACAGAAAUUGCAGGGGUCUGAGGAUUGUGAGCCUGCUCUGCUAGACAAGGCCACCCUUUUGGUGCAGCUGCGCUCAGAAAACCUCAACAAGAGCACGGAGAACCACCGACUGCGUAGGAGCGUGAGGAAGGUGACCCAGGAGCUGAGCCGCCUGCAGCAGGAGAGAGAGAGACUGGAGAAGGACUUGGAGGAGGCCCAUCGCGAGAGGAGCAGAGGGGACCGCACCAUCCACGACCUUAGGAAUGAAGUUGAGAAAUUACGCGAUGAAGUGAAUGAGAGAGAGAAGGCCGUGGAGAAUCAUUACAAGAGUCUUUUGAGUGAAAGCAAUAAAAAAUUGCACAGUCAAGAGCAGAUGAUCAGAAGUCUAACAGGAAGUAUGAAUCCAAAGGACUUGUUGCUUCGGAAAUUCAGUGAAAAAGAUUCGGAAGCAGUCCAGCAGAACCGUCAUUCACAGACCGGGGAGGAUCUCACGGUCAGGAGUGAAGACUUCCCGGAAAAGUGCUCUUUGUGGCGGUCACCAUGCAAACGGCUCUUCUCCGAGGAAAAGCAACAAUUAGACUAUGAAGAGCUGAUUCAAGUCUUAAAGAAGGAGCAGGACAUCUAUACUCACCUGGUAAAAUCUCUGCAGAACCCAGACAGUAUCAACAGCCUGCAGGCCGAGCUGAGCAGCAUUUUCGCGCUGCGGACGCAGCUGGAGCAGGAUGUGCUCUCCUGUCGGAAUUUGCAGAGGACCCUGGAGGAGCAGAUCAGUGACUUUCGGAGGCGGGAAGAAGAACCAUUUUCAUUUUAUAGCGAUCAAACAUCUUAUCUGAGUAUUUGCCUUGAAGAGCACAAUCGACUUCAAGUGGAACAUUUUUCUCAAGAAGAACUUAAGAAAAAGGUUAGUGACCUGAUACAGCUGGUGAAGGAACUGUAUACAGACAACCAGCACCUGAAGAAAACCAUUUUUGAUCUCUCCUGCGUGGGUUUCCAGGGGGGUGACGGACCUGAGGCAACAGAGCAAUCAGAGCUUCUGGCUAGCAAGGAGGACGAGGACACGACCAGACUUGGAGAGGAUGACGAGAAUAACUUCCUGAGCGACCAGCUCUCGGAGCAGAGCAACAAGGUUGUGGAGGAUUAUUCCAAAGGAGGUCGCAAAAAUGGAUAUUUGAGGCACACGGAUUCCAAUAUUCUAGAUUCCGACGGCGCCCACAAGCCUGGCUGCCCCGGAGACCGGAGUCUAGAAGAAGGCGAACUCAUGAACUUGCUUGCCCCGUUUUUCAGUGAGAAGGCCACGUUGUUACUGGAAUCCAGGCCUGACCUUCUGAAAGUGCUGUGUGAACUACUUCUGGGACGAAUAUGCUUGGCAGAGCAGGGAGUUUCUGCAGAACGCCUUGACGGUAAAACUGAGACGUCACUCAGGCAAAUGGUUGUACAGCUGAGAGGUGAACUCGGACAUUUCACCCGACCCAACUCGUUGUCCAAGUCCCACGAUGAACUGAAGUCGCCUCGGACGGCCCGGCUAGAAAUGGCAGGUGAAGCAUCCAAGCCGGAACUGAAAGAUGCCUCCGUGCAGACCGUGACCGUGGAGGGUGACACGCUCGGAUUCCAGCAGGAGGGCAAGAGAGAGGCUUGGGAAGAGAAGCCACCGGAUGCCGUGCUCCACAUGGAGGGUCAGCCGGAGAACUUGUGCACGAUGUCAGGGAGGCACGUCACCCCCCUUGCCUUCCCCGGUGGGACCCACAAAGAUGCCAAGAAGUCCCGCUUGCCCAUCCUGGUAAAAGCGUCCCGGUCAUUGGGAAAUGUGAACCGGCUCCCCGCCACGCAGGAGCUGGUGACCCAGCUGCAGGGCCAGGUCCUGGAGCUGCAGGGGGAGCGGAAGGGGCUUAAAGUCCGCAACAGGCAACUUCGGCAAAAGUUAAUUCUGGCUGAAGCGAUGACGGAGGGGAGGCCAGCGCCAGACAAAACUCUCCUGAAAGCCCAGCCCCUUGUGGGAGCAGCCUACCAGGACAGCCCAGGAGAGCAGAAAGGAAUUAGAACCAUGGCCUGUGUCUGGAGAGACAAGGAAGGGGACAGUUAUCAGCACACCAGCCACGAGACCGACUCUGAAAUUUACCAGCCCGAUGGCCUUGCCGUCUUGCCAACGUGCAAUGAGAAUCCUUCUGAAGAUUUUCCGGGCCCGACCUCAGUAGCUACUUACUUGAGUCAGCUUCCCACUAAAGUCAGCGUGAUUGGGACCCACCAGUCGGAGAACGUUGACACCUCGGGUGAUGCAGAAAACUUAAAACAGAAAAUCUGUGACUUGGAAACUGAGCUCGAGGGCUACCGGAAUUUCUUAUUUCAGCUUCAAAAGCACUCCCAGUGCAGUGAGGCCAUUAUCACAGUUUUGUGUGGGACAGGAGAAGCGGCCCAGGAUGCCUUGAACAAGCCCAAGGGUAGUGCCGACGAAGAAGAAAUGACCUUUUCAAGUUUGCAGCAGGUUCGGUAUGUGAAACACAUGAAGAUCCUUCAUCAGCUGGCUCCAGAGGUGACCGACGGUGGGCUGCUGGAGGGCCUCAGACGGCAGCUGGUGGAUCAGGAGUGUCAGCUGCAGAAGGAGCAGAACUUGAACGUGGAACUUUUCAGUGAAAUCCGUAACCUGCAGAAUAGGUUCAGAGAUCUCUCCCCCUCCAGAUACGAUUCAUUAGUUCAGUCCCAAGCCAGGGAGCUCUCCCUUCAAAGACAGCAGAUUAAGGACAGCCAUGGCAUCUGUGUCAUUUACCGUCGACAUAUGAACACCGUGAUUAAGGCAUUUGAGGAGUUGCUACAGGCCAGCGACGUGGAUCGCUACGUGGCGGAGGGCUUCCAGGAGCAGCUGAAUCAGUGUGCCGAGCUACUCGAGAAACUGGAAAAGCUGUUCCUCGACGGGAAAUCGGUUGAAGUGGAAAUGAGCUCCCAGAAUGAACCGACGGAGAGGAUUGAGGAAGACAAUUUAACCUACCAACACAUCCUGCCUGAGUCUCCUGAGCCUUCUGCCUCUCACGCGUUGUCCGACUGUGAGAUGUCCGAGAAGUCCUCCGGCCUCUCCCGAGACCAGAAGCAAGACAGUGAGACCGGGAGGACCUCGGUAAUGGCGAACCAUUUUUCUCAAGACUUAGUAAUGGAACAUAUACAAGAAAUUCGAAGCUUGAGGAGACGUUUAGAAGAAUCAAUCAAAACAAACGAGAAACUUCGGGGACAACUGGAAAGGCAAGGGUGUGAAUUUGAUCAAGGUUCUACGAACAGUUUGGCUUAUGGAUCAGAGCUGCAUAAUUCUCUGACAUCAGAGAUCUGUUUCCUGAGGAAGCAGAACCAGGCUCUCAAUACAAUGCUCUCCAAGGGAUCCAGAGAUAAACAGAAGGAGAAUGAGAAAUUACGCGAGUCCCUCUCCAGGAAGGCUGCGAACCUCGAGCUCCUUCGGCGAGAGUACGCCUGCUUGAAGGAGGAGAAUGAGAGGCUGCAGAAGGAGAUCUGCGAGCGGGACAGGCACUCCCAGCAGCUUCUCCGGGAAGUGUGCAGCACCCGCAGCGAACUGAGCAGGGUGCAGGAGGAGGCGAAGUCGAGGCAGCAGCUGCUCUCCCAGAACGACAGGCUCCUGCAGUCCCUGCGGGUGGAGCUGAAGGUGUACGCGAAGCUGGACGAGGAGCACAGGAGGCCGAGAGAGCCAUCAGGAGAAGGCUGGAGGGGACAGGACCCUUUCAGUGACCUGCACGGUCUCCUAACAGAGAUCCAGGCUCUGCGGGGACAGCUGGAAAGGAGCAUCGAGACCAACAGCACGCUGCAGAGCAAGCUGGAGGGGCAGCUGGCGAAGGAGGGGAAGAAGGCUCAGGAAGGAGCCCUCACCGGGGCUCUCCAGACCCCGUGUGUCCCCGAGUGGCCCCUGCAGCUGGACAAGCACGAUGCUGACAAGUGCCCCAUGCCUGGAGAUAAUUCCUGCGACCUGUUUGACUCCCGCCUGGUGGCGCCACCACGGUCAGCUUCGGAGACUCCACCGCUCUCUGGAAAUGACACGGACUCCCUCUCCUGCAGCAGUGGCACUUCGGUCACCGGCACCCCGUGCGCGUCCCACCUGGUCCCUGGCUACCGCCUGUGGGCCGACGACAGCGGCUGCCACGUCCUGGGCCUGACUGGGGACUUCGAGGCCCUGUGCCAGCAGAUUGGCCAGGGCCAGAAGCUCCUUGCCGAGAUGGCCCUUCAGAUCCAAGAGGCUCCCCACCCUGCAGGUCUGGAGCUGGAGACAAAGGGUCCACACUCGGCGCUCCCGGGCGGGUUUGUCACCGGUGUGGGCACAGCCAAGCUGAUCCUCGAAGAGGCCGCGAGGUUACUGACGCUCUUCUGGAGGGUCUCGCUCCCCACAAAUGACCAGUGCUCGCUUCAGGGUGAACAGGCUGGAGAAAUGAAGGCAGAGAUCACCAGACUACACAAAAAGCUGUUUGAACAAGAAAAAAAGUUGCAGAACUCUGUGAAGCUUUUGCAGCUGAGCAAGCGCCAGGAAAAAGUCAUCUUUGACCAGUCUGAGAGCGUCCGGUCGGCGGGACCUCUGAAAUCGUCCUACCCGGGGAACCACGUCGGGUUCCUGUACCUGCUGCAGGGAGUCCAAGGAGGAAAAAUGCCCAGAGUUCAUGCUUUCCCUCGGCUGAUGGGAAGCCCGCCCUAAGGGUAAAAGUUGACUUUGCAGAACUGCCCGUGACUCUUGCCUUGGGCCUUGGCACACGGGAUUGCUUGGAGUCGGGCACACCCCCUUCCCAGAGAAACCACAGCGUGUGGGGGCUAGUCAGUCACAGGCCUCUCCCCUGCCCUGCACCAUUGGCCCCCAGACCCAUAGAGGUGAGGCUUUGGGGUGCCUGGGCGCCCGCCAGCCUUGUGGAGCCUUGGUUUUGUUACCUAAAACAUGGGCCGGUAUUGCUGUGAGGUUGUGGCCUAGCAUGAACGUGAAAGGGUGUCUCCAGUACCCCACGGAUUCUUUGGUCUUGGGCCGUGUGAUGGGGCAGAUGGAGCCUCCCACACCCCUCUCUGCGUCUGGAUGCCUCGGGCCUGUCCACGUGUCUGUCUGACCCAUUUGGGGUUCAGGAGCCUCCUCCCUGCAGCUGGCUUUUACGCUGUCUUCCUGGGCAUCUGUGUCUAACGAUCCCUGUUCUUUCUUUCU